AUGUGGCGGUCAAGCAGGUUUGAACGCAAAAAGCAACAUUGUUUAGCGAUGCAGGAAGAUUUUAAGCCAAACAUGAACCUAGCAAAACACAGGAAAGAUGAACGAGCGAAUACUGGUGUACCGGUUAAAACCUCUUUAAAAAGAUGCUGGUCUUAUUUCAAAAAACCAUAUCAGAAAUCUUAUCAAAAUUAUGUCUCAUCACAACCGCUGUUUACCAAUAUUCUAAUGUUGAGAAUUAUUUUACUGCCUCUUUUGAUUCAUUUCGCCAGUCCUUACAAAAUCUUAAUUUAUGCACCACAUCUUUCACGUAGUCAUGUAAUUUUCAUGAGUACCAUUGCUGAUGUUUUGGCAGACGCUGGACACGAAGUGACAGUCUAUUCGCUGGAGUUUAUGCCUAACGUCACCGCCCCAAAUCCAAGAGAGGCGAAAGUUAUUACAAAAUCUCUCUCGUUUGAGAUAGAUUAUGACAUUUUGGGAUUUAUGUCGGAAAUGUGGGAUAAACAGCAAAUCAGCGUUUUUGCUGUAAUAAAGAUAAUGCGGUUUAUGGGAAACUAUCUAUCUCGUCUUUGUGAAUGUAGAACCAACAAAUAUUACAUUUUCUACGGGAGGCGGGGGACAGCUCUAGAAGACACAGUGACAAUCGAACAGUUCCGUAAAGAAAAAUUUGAUCUUGGCAUCAGCGAACACAUAGAUCCAUGCGGGUUAGCUUAUUUCGAGAAAAUAAAUGUUGAAAAAUACAUUUCGGCAGAUUCGUUGUGUCUUAACGAAGAUGUAACCAUUCCUUUAGGUAUUGAUAGCAAUCCAAGUUUUGUACCAAAUAAUAUUUUUGAAAAUACGUUUCUUAAUAUCUGUUACUUUUCUUCUUCAAAAGAUGUUGUCGAGGUUUUAUAUAAUCCUUUCUCGGACGAAAUGAGUUACUGGGAACGAGUACAAAAUUUUCUGCGUUCGGUAUCCUCAGCCUUAAUUCGUCACAUUGCCGUAGAUCUUGUAUUCAGUGGCGUUUUCAGAAAACAUCUGCGGGACGACUUUGACAUAAUAUGCACAACGGCAUAUAAAAAAUUAGACCAACUGGUGGUACUCAUUUCAAGUGACCAAUUACAGGAAAAAUUCCGAAAUAGCGUUUUUGCUAUGGUAAAUUCGGAUGAAUACUUGGACUUUCCUCGUCCAGUGACUCACAAGAUCAUUUACAUUGGUGGCAUAGGUGCGAAGAAGUCAGAGCCACUGAGCAGUGAUUAUCAAAACUUACUUGAUAGUGCAACAGAAGGCGUGGUGUAUGUGUCUUUUGGUUCUAUUCUCAGAAGCGAGGGAAUGCCAACAGAGACUAAAAAAGCAUUCGUAUCUUUCUUCCAAAACUUUCCUCAGCAGAUAGUGUACGUUAUUACUUUUUUAGCGCAUCAGAACUUGAAAGCAUUUAUUACCCACGGUGGUUUAAACAGCAUAACAGAAAGUGCUCACUCCGGUGUCCCAAUUAUCGUUAUUCCUAUGUUUGGAGAUCAGUUGAGAAAUGCGAGAAUGGUAGAAAAACGAGGUAUAGCACGUAUCGUCGACAAACGAAAUAUCACUGAAGGAUCACUCACUGAAGCAUUAGAAGAAAUCCUCAAAAACGAUAGGUACAAUAAAGCAGCCAAACGCCUACAACAACUAAUACUGCAAAAGCCCUUUAGUGCUACUGAACGAUUAAUCAAAUACACUGAACACGCAGUUGUUUUUGGUCACAUAGACAACUUAGAUUUAGCAUCAACAAAACUCAACUUUUUCCAGUACUAUCUUCUUGAUAUUAUUGUACCGUUAAUCGUACUGACAACAAUUUUUUUGCGCUAUUUUGUUGCUUUAAGCUUAUAUAAAAUAAAAAGUGAAUAA